UAUUGAUUAUAAGUUAGUUGUCUUCCGACAUUUCCGUAAAGUUUGAUAGAUUCUGUACGGAAUGCGGAAUACCUAGCAGUUUCAACGUGUGAACUUUAAAUAAUUGUUCUUAGGGACAAACCGUCCUUCUUAAAUUCAUGAACUACAAAAAAAAACCUGUGUGCUCAUUUCUCAAUUCCUGUGGACUAUAAUUCUCCACGAGUACUCGGGAAAUAAAAAUCAUAAUUUCACAAGGCGACAACAAAGAUUGAUAUUCAAGAAAUAGUUCUAAUUGAAUUUCUCUCAUCCGUAUGAUAAGAAAAUAAGUACGUUCAUAAAAUAAGGUGCCCAUAAACGUAUUAGUCACAGGAAAAAGCUAGCAAGGCUUUUAAUAAUGAGCUACAGUGAACCUAAGGUUGCAUUAGAAACUGGCUUGGAUCUGGGACAGUUAUGCACAACUGGCUCAAUAUUACAUAUUAAUGGGGAUUACGAAGAUGACUAUCAUAUAGAAUUAGACAAUAGUUACUCAUGUAGUAAGCAAAACAAGGCAGAGUAUAUUGGAGAACCAGUGCAGUGUUUUGAUGAAUUUGCCAAACUACUGAAGCCAGUUGAUGACAAUGGGCUUGUUAAGAAGAAGAUUCUAGAGGAAGGUGGAGGGUUGCCAUUGAAUAAGGGAUGCACAGUUUCCGUUUGUUUUGCAGGAUUUUGGGAAAGUGAACCUGAACCUUUUUACUACACAGAAUCUGGCAAACCAAUGGUUGCAAAUUUAAAUGAAAAUGGCUUAUUACCUGGCAUUCAAAUGGCUAUAGAGUCUAUGUUAGUAGGUGAAAUGGCAGUAUUUCUCUUAUCAUUUCAAGUUAUGUAUGGAGAAAUGGGGGUCCCACCUCGGAUAAAACCAAAAGCAGAUUGUUUAUUUUAUGUACAGUUAACUAAAAGCAUUAUUACACCUAAAGAUGGGGAAAUAGAUUUUGCAGAACCUAACACAUUUAAGAGAGUUCACCAUCAAGUACAAUUGUUAUACAGUUCCGGCGUCACCUUGCAUAAAAUAAAAAAUUAUCCCUCAGCAAUACAAUUAUUUAAAAAAGGUGUUAAUAUGCUUCAUAAAUGUAGAUUAGCUGACGAGAAUGAAGAAAAUUUACAAGUGAAACAAUUAAGAAAGUUAUAUAUCAAUUUAGCAAUAUGCUACAAUGCUACAAAACAACCUUUGAAAGCAUGUAUAGCAUGUAACGAGCUGAAUAGGAUAAGAAGUCUAUGGAAUAAUGCAAAAGCUCUCUUUCAAAAUGCCAAAGCUCUUAGAAUGAUUGCCCAGUUUGAUGAAGCUCAAAGAAAACUAGAAAAAGCUUUAGAACUACGCCCAGACAGACAUGAAGAAAUGCAACAGGAAAUGGCAUUAAUCAAUCGAUUAAGAGAAUCGUGCAAUCGAACUAGACUUGUCGAAAACAGAUUUAAAGACUCUAUGCCCAACUUGAUUACUGAUAAUUUCAAGACUGAAGUGGAUAACUUAAUAAAGAAUUUCAAAGAAGAUGACAAUCUUUGUAAAUUGACUUUGCCGGGAAAUCUAAAUACAGCUGAAAUGGAGUAUAUAAAGAAAGCGUGUGUUAGGGAGAAUUUGUUUUGUAAUAAAAUAAAGGAAGGUCAUUUACUUGACAAAGAUGAAGCGGACGAUUCAAUAGAAUCUAAAGCUGAACUGUACAUAUAAAUACGACUUUUCUUUCUAUUGUUUAUACAGUAUUAAUACAAUUUUGUUUCCAGUCGUACAUACACCAUCAGAAUCGAAGUGUUAAAUAAGUCAUUCAAAGAAAAGGUGUUGAUUCAGUUGUUAACAAGAAAAUAUAACUAUCCUUGUGGCA